UACACGGCUUUUUUAUUUUUGUAGCAAAAAUAAUAAUAAAAACUAAAAUUAAGUAUCACCGGCAAUAUGUCGUUUCAUUUGAGCACCAAGGAGCGUCUGCUGCUGUUGAUUGAUGACAUGGAAAUGAUAUCCAAGGAGCUUAUUGAGCAAGCCCAUCAAAAAGUAUCCAGUGCGGAACUUGCCGACUUACUGGACUUGUUGGUGGCCAAGGAUGAGGAGUUUAGAAAAAUGUUGGAGCUAGCUGAGGAGCAGGCCAAAGUGGAGGAAGCAAUGGAUAAUCUACGCGCCAAGGUUGAAAUACAUGAUCGGGAAAUACAAAAACUACAGAAGUCGCUAAAGGAGGCGGAGCUUAUACUCUCAACAGCCAUAUUCCAAGCACGCCAGAAACUGGCGAGCAUCUGUCAGGCAAAGAAGCGACCAGUUUCAUCAGAGGAACUAAUCAAAUAUGCCCAUCGUAUAAGCUCGGCUAAUGCGGUCAGUGCUCCGCUCACAUGGUGCAUUGGCGAUCUACGAAGACCUUAUCCCACAGACAUUGAAAUGCGUAAUGGACUCUUGGGCAAAUCAGAGCAGAAUAUAAAUGGGGGAAUGGUAACACAUCAGAAUGCCAUCCAGUCGGAUUCCCAGAGGAGCUUAAGCGGGCCAGGUGGCAGUGGUGGCGAAGUGCCGAAUGCAAUCUGGCAGUGGAAUCUAGGCGAGUUGCACAUGAUUGGUGCUGCAGGAAACUCUGUGGCACUGGAAACACGAGCUCACAAAGAAUCUUCAGCGCAGGAUGAUGUCGAGGUCAUGUCCACUGACAGCUCAAGUUCCAGCUCAAGCGAUUCGCAGUAGGCUUCAUAGUUAUAGUAUAGGAGAUAAGUUAUUUUAAAUU